CAGCAGCAGAAGCCACUGCAGCAGCCACUGCAGCAGCAGCAGCAGCAGAAGCCACUGCAACAGCAGCAGCAGCAGAAGCCACUGCAGCAGCCACUGCAGCAGCAGCAGCCACUGCAACAGCAGCAGCAGCUCCUGCAGCAGCAGCAGCAGAAGCCACUGCAACAGCAGCAACAGCAGCCACAGCAGCAGCAGCCACUGCAGCAGCCACAGAAGCAGCAGCAGCCGCUGCAACAGCAGCCAGUACAGCAGCAGCCGCUGCCGCAGCAGCGAUUGCAGCAGCAGCCACUGCAGCAGCUGCAGCAGCCACUGCAACAGCUGCAGCAACAACCACUGCAACAGCAUCCACGGCAGCAGCAACAGCCAUUGCAGAAGCAGCAACUGCCGCAGCAGCAACUGCAGCAGCAGCCACUGCAGCAGCAUUCACUGCAGCAGGAGCAAGUGAAGCGCCAGCAGCCCCUGCAGCACCAGCAGCAGCAGCAGGGGACACACAAACAGGAGCUGCAGCAACAGCAACUUCAGGAGGCAGGUGCUGCAGCCAUCGGUGUUCGGAGCUCCCAGCGGCAGCCAGCAGCAGCAGCAGCAGCAGCAACUCCUGGUGCUGCUUCUGUUGGUUCGGCUGGCGUUGCAGCAGGCGCACCUCUCUCAGGGGCAAGUCAGGGCAGCAGCAGCAACAAAGGAAGCAGCAGCAGCAACAGCAGCAGCUGCAGCGGAAAGCCUGAGCCUGGUGUGGCAGCAUCCAAGGCUCGUACAGCUGCAGCAACAGCAGCAGCAGGAGCAGCAACAACAGCAGCAGCAGCAAGCGCUGCUACGUCUUCCCGACCUGCGGUUGCUGCGAGCAGCCGCACAAGCCGCAGCAGCAGCAAUUUUUAUACUAAUAGCAGCAGUGGCAGCAGCAGCCGCAGCAGCAGCCGCAGCAGCACUAGUGGCACCAGCAGCAGCAGCCGCAGCAGCCGCAGCACCGCCAACAGCAGCAGCAGCAGCAGCACGUCUAGCAGCAGCAGCACCUCGAUCAGCAGCAGCACCCCUAUCAGCAGCAGCACCCCUAGCAGCAGCACCCCUAUCAGCAGCAGCACCCCUAGCAGCAGCAGCAGCAGCAGGUUGAGUGAGCGUUCAAGACAGUGGCUAGCAUAUGAUAAGGAGCACGGUACCCUGUGGGGUCGGGAUUGGAUAUAUUAUCGUUUGCUGCAGCAGCGGCUUCCGAGUUCAAUAUCUUUGCUGCAAGCAGCAGCAGGAGCGCGUCGGGUGUCUGCGGAGCUGCUGCAGCAGCGGAGGACCUUUAACGGCUGUCGUUCUCACGUUGCUUCUCGUCGGAGUCUGCGCCCAAACGCAGCGCUGGAUCGGGUGAUAGAGAAGCUGUUCCCCUCACUUAAAUCUUUUGAAGAGCAGCACAACUUGCUGCUAGCAAGAGCAAACCAGAGGCUUCAUUCAAAUCAGGGUGCUGCAGCAGAACAUGCAGCAGCAGCAGCAGCUGCUGCUGCUGCCGCCGCAGCAGCGGGAAUUGCAGCAAAUCCGCAGAUGCAAGCAGCAGCAACAGAUGCUUCUCUUAACUGCAAACGCAGCCUUGUAGAUGGCUUUACUGAAUUGCAGCAGCAACCACUAAAGAAGGUUAUAGGGACGCCUACCAGCAGCAGCAGCAGCAGUAGUAGUAGCAGCAGCGUCACCAGCAUCAGCAGCAGCAGCAGCAGCAGCAGUCCUGUGUACUCAAAGCUGCUGCUGCGACCCCCCACACCACCCCCCUAUAUCGAUGCUUCGGGGCAGCCGAUGCAGCGGCAGCAGCAGCAGGGGAAGGCGCCUGGUACAGCAGCGGAAGCAACAGCAGCAGCUGCAGCAGCAGCAGCAGCAGCAGCAGGCAACUGCAAGUACCUCACCAUGGCUAUGCAAGCUGUGCUGCCUCCUCUAGAGAGGAAGCGGCUGCGACGGGAGCUGUCUGUGUUGCUGCGGAGGCAGCAAAGUGCUAUAACAGCAGCAGCAGCAGCAGCAGCAGAGGGAGACACUGCAGCAGCAGCAGCAGCAGCAGUGCGCCUACGGUUUGAACUCAUCCCCGACCCGCUGCUGCCUCAGCUUCCGCUCCUGCAGCAAAACAAAUUGUGCACAGACGGCAGCAGCACGGUGCUGCAGCUCUGCCGCUUCAUCGCAGCUCGCCUCAACCGCCAGCAGCAGCAGCAGCAGCAGCAGCAGCAGAUUGGGGAGCUGCGGCUGUAUACGAAGGAGCAUCGCUUGCCCUUCUCUCCUAACAUAACUCUUGCUGCUCUCCACCCUCUGUCUUUGGCUUACCCCACAGAGUCUCUUGUCGUUUACUACACCACAAGAAACUACGGAGAUGACGGCGGCGGCGCAUUGAGUGGAAUACGAGGUCAUCUGACGGAGGUGUCGCUGCUGCUGGAUGGGGAGACUGCAGCAGCGGGCCGUUCGCCUUCGCAGCAGCAGCUGCAACAGCAGCAGCAACAGCAGCAGCAGCAAAGCAGCCGUGGAUCCCUGCAAAGAGAAAGGUCUGCGAGCCCCUGCGCUGCUGGAAGCCAGCGCGGUGCUGCUGUUGCAGCUGCUGCUGCUGCUGUUGCUGCUGCUGCAUCGCCUCGAGGCAUCAGCAGCAACAGGAGUGCCAACGGCCAGUUCAGAGCAGCAGCAGCAGCAACUCCCGCAGCAGCAGCAUCAGCAGCUGCUGCUGCAGUAAGAACCCCAGCAGCUGCAGCAACACCGACUGCAGCGGCGUCUCUCACAGCUGCAGCUUCCCGUGCUGGAUAUAGGGCAGCGAGUGCCUCUCUUGCUGCAGCUCCUCAAGCAGCAGCAGGAGCAGCAGCAGCAGCACCUGCUGUUGCAGCCACAACACCAGCAGCAGCAGCAACUCCACAGAGAACACUCUCAGCGACUGCCGUACAUUCGGGUGAGGCAGCAGCCACACGGCGACCUUCUGCAGCAGCACCAGCAGCAGCAGCACCAGCAGCAGCAGCGCGAACAGCGACAGCAGGAGCAGCAGCAACAGCAACGGGAGCAGCAGCACCACCACCACGAGGGACGCUGGCGGGUCUUCAUGCUGCUGCUCCUGCUGCUGCUGCUACUGCUGUCCCUCUAGCAGCAGCUGCUGGCGCUGCACAGUUGGGCCGCGGUGCCCCUGGGAUUGCGGUGAGGCCUUCUGGGGGAUUUGCUGCAGCAGCAGCACCGGCAGCAGCAGCAGCAGCAGCAGCAGCAGCAGCAGCAGCAGCACCCGCAGCAGUAGCAGCAGCACCUGCAGCAGCAGCAGCAGCAGCACGCUUCCUUCCGGAUGUCGGCACUUCAAAGGAAGUCCCUUGGAGGGGCGGUGGGGGCCCUUAG